AUGCCUUCCUUUGGAGACGACGACGAUGACAGAGACUUGGCAGACUCUCAAGAUGGCAGCUCAGACAAUGAUCUGGACGAGCAGAUGCAAGAUGCUGAUGACGCUGAAGGGGAUGGAGAAGCGGAUGUAGAGAACGACGGAGAGGGAGAAGAUGAUGCGGGCGCAGACAGUGACUCGAGUCAAGGCUCCGAGAACGGAUCGAGUUCUGCCCGUCCCAACCCCGAAGUUCUCCUGACAUCUCCCUCUCCUCCCGGGUCAUCUACCAAAACCAUCUCUGAUGUGCCAACUAUGCCGAGUGCCAGACCUGAAGCUCUAAGUGCAUCCACCUACGAUAUCGUACCAACGAUCGCUGCUCCACAGAGUACUUCCAUUAAUGCGAUCACAGCCACAGCAGACAUGCGAUGGGUUUUCAGCGGAGGAUCUGAUGGGUAUAUUCGACGGUACAAUUGGGUCGACUCUGUCAACGGCAAACUGAUGCUCACUGUGGCUCAGAGACAUCCGUUUGUGGAUACCGUUGUGAAGGCUGGAGUAAUGAUGACAUACUGGGAGAACUGGGACGUCAAUUCUCGAUCCGGCAUGUCUCAAAAUGCAGUCGAUGCUGUAGUAUCUCCUGUAUAUUCUCUGGCGUCUCAACACCAAGGUUUAUGGCUUCUGGCGGGACUUGAGUCUGGCAAUAUUCGCCUUCAAUCAAUCAGACAUGAAGAAGGAAAGGAAAUUGCUCUUCUACAAAAACACACUUCUGCUGUCUCCGUCUUGUCCAUCUCGUCCGAUGAGAAGAGUUUUCUUUCUGGUAGUUGGGACAAAAGCGUCCUCGAUUGGGAUCUGAAUGUAGGUAAAGUCAGAACAACUUUCAACUCGCCCGCGAGUCAAGUUUCCGCUAUCGAACCACGUCCGCUAUCCUCUCUGCCCGUCCCCGAACAGUUAGCUGAGCCCCCCACCACCAAUGGGACCUUUUCCUCAAACAAUCACAUCAAUGGCGUUGGUCCUUCUGCUCUCACUAAUGGCUUGGAAAGCAAAGAGCAAGAUAGCCCACCAGCUGAAAAAGCCGACUCUCCCGAUUCUUUGUUUGGUGGCGACGAGGGCGACGAUGACCUGUUUGGCGACGGUGGCGGUCCAAUCACAGCGAACGGCAGCCAGCUUGCCGAUGCAUUUGGUGAAGACGAUGAUGAGUUCUCUCGUGCUAUUGCCGAUGGACCUCGUCCAGAAGGCGGUCCAACUGAUGGCGAUGAGAGCAUGACCGAUGCCAUACAGCCACUACGGCCAGUACAACCUCCGGCAGAAGCUAGCAAUGUAGAAAGCGUCGCAUCACUUCCCAACGGCGUCUAUACCCAAUCCACAACAGCCCUAGCCAAUGGUAUUCCGCAUGCUGAUGAACUUGAACAAUCUGCUCUUUCGCACGAUGAGCACACCUCUGCGGGGUCUGGACCAACAUCAGACACUACCUUCUUAGCUACUUCUAUUGAUGGCAUCAUACGGAUAUGGGAUCGAAGACAGCCUGAUCCCGUUGCCCGAAUUGCUCCUCGAAAUACACCUCCAUGGUGUACAAGUGCCUGCUGGUCUCCUAACGGUAACUUCAUCUAUGCAGGACGGCGGAACGGUACAGUAGAUGAGUAUGAUUUGCACCAGGGCCUCAAUCAGCCAUCGAGGGUUUUCAAGUUUCCUCAUGGCAGUGGUGCUGUUACUUCGGUGAAGGCAAUGCCAAACUCGCGACAUCUUGUCUGUGCUUCGUAUGAUAUCCUCCGCUUGUAUGAUCUAAAGGAACCCCCAAGCAGUCGAUCAACAGUCCCGUUCUUGAUCGUUCCUGGUCACCGCACUGGUGUUGUGUCUCAGCUGUACAUGGAUCCUGCUUGUAGAUUUAUGAUUUCGACUGGUGGGAAUCGGGGUUGGGAAGGCCUCUCCACUGAAGUCCUCCUUGGGUAUGAGAUAAAUGUUGUUUCGUGA